GCCAGGCUCGAUGCGAGCAGCCGUUGAGUCGGCUAGAUUGCACGAGGAACAUCUUGUGGCGGUACGCAAGGCCAAGCCGAGCGAUGCGCGCACGGAGACCAAGCGCACGAAUGCCGCAACCGAGGAACUGGCAGGGCGAACGGAGAACAAACCGAUGGGCGAGAUUGUUCGAACGACGAGCAACAUAAGACGGCUUACCGACGAAGAGAUGCAACGGCGGCGAGAAAAAGGCCUUUGCUAUUCGUGCAACAAAAAAUUUACACCAGGCCAAAGGUGCAAGGGUAAGGAGGUCUUUUUGUUGGAAUUUGAGGAAGAAGAAGAACCAAGAGAGGAGUCCCUAUUACAUAUGGUUAAAAGCAAUAAACGUGGUCCGAAGAUGAUCACAUUCACGGCUGAAGUAGGAGGAAAAUUGGUGGAAACAAAAGACCGAUCCGUCAUCAGCGCGCCAGCGCGCACUAAUACGGAAGUGGUCAUCAACCCCGGUGAGUCCGACGAUGAAGGUGACGAUGGUCUCGUUUUAUCGUUGGAGAACAUGUUGGAAAAGCCAUCAAGCCCGAUUUAUCGACCAUCAUGCAAGAGAGACUGGCCAAAAGGAUGUGGUCCACGAGCUAAGCUCAAGCCUAGGAGGAGCAAGACCAAACGAGCUCGAAGGAAACACAAGGCAAAAGCAAAAGAAGAGAAGUGUUGGUGUAAGCCAUGUGCGAGAAAGAGACGAGGUAAGAAUAGAAUGGAGGAUGGAUGGGAUUGGCGUGCCGGAAAUUGCAUGAACAUAGAAGGUAAGUGCAUCGAGGGAUGGUACCCAUGGGACGGACCGAGACGACCGGGCGAGCACUUACAGUCGGCUGGCGACUGGGGUGCGAGCACGAGUCAGCGGCGCGCAUCGUACCUUGAUGCGCGCGAACAUACGAAGGGGUCGAACGAGCAAGGACGUGCGCAUGGAUGUAACGCACGAUGGUGCGCAUCGGGAGGAUCGGCGACGGAGGUUGGCAGCACGCAGACGGCAGCAGGCGUACGCGGGUGCGCAGUAGGCGAUUGGGGCACGGGAACGUCGAGCGAGGGCAGCAACCACGUGAGUGGUCGGGACGCGCGAUGGUUGGCCAGCUGGGGCGAGGCGUGCGAGGGGCGCGCGAGUACCAGCGAUGCGGGCAGACACCUAAUCUGUGUGGGCAUAGGCGUAACGGGUGACGGUGAGGAUGUUGGCGGUACGCGCGGCACUACGGGCGCACGAGGCUGCGCGAUAGAAGAGCGGACCUCGGAGACGGGCGUCACGCGCGGAGCAGCAGGCGAUGGGCAUGCGGGGCGCGCUGGGCGCGCGAGUGGCGAUGACGCGGACAGAGGCCUACGCUGGGAAGGACUAGGAGAGCAGGGCGCGGGGUACCACGCACGGGCGGAAGGCGGCGCAGGUGAA